AUGGCUGGGCAAAAGGGUUCUCUCAUCUGGGCCUUGGCUCUUUGGUGCUUUUUUAUCCCUUCAAUUCUCGCUGCAGACCCAACACUCCAAACUCUCUUCCAUGUCAAGUCUGGGUCCACUACUGGUGGAUGUACGGACAAGAAGCUAAGUACACUUGCGACUUGGCUCACCGAGUCCAGGGAGCUGGCGAAGGCUGGUGUUCAGGCCUUUGAUGAUGCGGCAAAGGGCAACAAGGAUGCAGAGCACGCUCUCUCUCAGUUUUUGGGCAUUGACUCCAAAGCCUCAGCGGAGGAUAGAAAGGACGUGAAAGAACUGGUUGAUCAAGUUGCCGCGUUCUAUGCAAACACAUACAAGGUCAACGACGGCCCUCCGUGGAUGUUUUGCGGCAGCAGCUGGGUCACACAGAGAAAGAGAACCGACUACUCCGAGAUCAAAGGUGGCCAAUACAAACACGAGCAAGAGAAUUGUGACGGCGAAUUGAUCUUAGUCCCUCUGGAGAUCCAGGACGACCCUGCUUACAAGGAUUACAUGUAUGAAGAGGAAAAUGGAAAGGAGGUAGCCACAAGCCUCGUCCCUUACUGGUCGGAGGAUCUAGGCCAGUAUACCUUUGAGCCGGACUACAAAGGCAAGGGAUACUGCGCUGCUGCGAAGUCCUUGGCAGGUACCCAGGUCCAGACCAAGCCAGGUACCAUCCUCAUGUGCCCCUCGGCCUUUACGAACACCGAGAAUGCCGCAACUUUGGGUUCUCGCGCAGCCAAUACCAACACACUUCAGCAAGUGUUGCCUCGAAGCUCCACUUUCUUCCACGAGACUUUCCACUUGGUUCACGGUACGGCGGAUACUUUGGAUGCCAGUUACGCUAUCGCAUCUCUCCUGACGGCACUGAAGACGCCAGACGAGGUUCCGGCCGGAACUAAUCUGGAUGAGCCCACGAAGACGGAUGAUGGUUUGAAGAAUGUUGACAAAAUGACCAAUGCUGAGCUUGUUCGCAGUAACCCCGAGACUUGGGUCUACCUUUGCGUCUCCUAUUGGUACACUCUGAAUAAGGGUUACUAUUUCCCUGACGGUGGAAAGGGUGCUAAGGUGACCACUUAG